GGUAUCAUGUAUGACAUUGAUGAUGAAGGUCAUUGUACAAAAGAGACUAUACCGAAAGAUAUCCAAGCUCUCUGUAUACCAGCGGAGGCUAUUUAUCUGUCAAAGGGUUUGGUAGGAAAAGAGGUCAUUUCAACAUACCAAUUUUCUAAGUCCUACACGGGUACAAGGCUAAUUGUUACAGCAGCUGUUCUUCGCAUAGGUAAUACAUGUGAUCCAGUGAGAGUAUCUCAAUCUGUCAUUCAUCCAAAAGAUGUCACCCAUGGAACACUUCUAAAUCUAGACGUUAUGGACAUCAAACAAGGAAUUAGUGAUCCAUCCAUAUUUUUGCCUCCGCAAUCAUGUAACAGUAUCAAAUAAACUGUUUGAAUAGGUUGCUGAGAUUUUACAUUGCAAACAUUUUGUUACCCUAAAUACAAGUUUAUUUUCGAUUGUACAAGAUUCCGUUGGAACCCAUUAGCUAUUAGAUCCUUACCUUUUCUCCACUAACAAUUUCCAUUUCUCACCUUCAUUAUAGCAGAUUUAAUAUCAGUUUGUUAUGGUGACUGAUUUGGUACGCUUUUGUGCGUCGCGUUGGCGCUAGAGACAACACGACCAAGCGCCAAACGGCGCGUUGUCGCGCUGUCGUCCUGUCUCUAGCGCGGCACGCCAAACGGCGCGUUGUCAUGCGGCAUGUUGUCGCGAUGUCACAUUGUCGGUCGAUUCAAAUUGAAGGAUUGGCUUAUUAGCUAAGCGACAGGGCGACAUAGC